AUGACAACCUAUGAGAAAAUUGUCAAAGGGGCCACCAAAAUCAAAGUUGCGGCCCCAAAGCCCAAGUAUAUCGAACCAAUUUUGAUGUCUACCUCUCGGAAAGAAGAUUUCAGAAAUGUCAUGAAUUAUCUUCGCCCCCGUUUACAAGAUUCGGCUUGGUCAAUAGUUUAUAAAUCGUUGAUUGUUUUGCAUAUCAUGAUCAGAGAAGGCGAAAGAAAUGUAACCUUGGACUACUUGGCUGAUCGUCCAGAAUAUCUUGAAAUAAACAAGAUAGCAUCUAACAAUCCGGAUAGCAGGUCACUUCUGAAAUACGCUAGAUAUCUCGCUGUCAGAGCUCAAGGUUUUGCGGACACUGAAGUGGAUUACGUCAGAGAUGAGCAAUUGAAUAAUAGUUCUUUCAGCCGCAGGUCCGAAAACAGUGGCGGAAGAUUAAGAAAUCUACUGAUUGAAAAAGGCUUAUUAAAGGAAGUGGAAAGCGUAGAAAGACAGAUUGAAUCUUUGCUCAGGUGCAAAUUUCAAGAGGUAGAGGUCAAUAACGAUAUUAUUCUUACUACUUUUCGUUUAUUGGUUCAUGAUCUUUUGGCAUUAUACCAAUCCUUAAAUGAAGGGGUUAUAAAUAUCUUGGAACAUUAUUUUGAAAUGGGUAAACCUGAAGCGGCGUUCUCAUUGAAAAUUUAUAAAAGAUUUGUCAAGUUGACUGCAGAUGUGGUGAGUUAUUUAAGAACCGCAAAGCAUUUGGAAUACGUUACAAAAUUGCAUGUUCCAGUAAUCAAGCAUGCACCAACGGCAUUGGCGGACAGCUUGGAAGAAUAUUUGAAUGAUAAAGAUUUCGAAACUAUUAGAAAGCAGUAUUUGGCUGAAAAGGACAGCAAGGAUUCAAAAGGUUCACAAAGUGCUCUUGCCACUAAAACGAAGCCCCCUUCGAGUGUUAGUGAAAAGACCCCUAAAACUUCAAGGAACUCUGCGAUAACUCAACCAGCAAAGUCUCCUGCUGCAAGCUCUAAUGAAACCGCAUCAACUGGCUUGGUUGUUCAAACAACUGGUAGUAACCCUUUUGCCCAUUUGAUCCAAACUCAACAGAUGCAAUUACAGCCUGCAGUUAUUCAACCUGUUGUUCUUCCUCAGCAAACUCUGUUUGUGCCGCAACAACAGCCCCAAAUUUUGGGAAUGAAUCCUGGGCAACAGGUGUUUGCCAUCAACCAACAGCAACAACAGUUUCCUGUGAACCCUCAACAAUUUCAGCAGCAACAAGUCUUCAAUGGUAUGCAACAAGUUCCACAGCAAUCGCAUGUUCAUAAUCCUUUUGCACAGACUAAUCCUCAGUUGCAACCAUUGUCAACUGGCUUUGGAUUUGGCAACGUGCAAGCCACUCUGAAUAUGAUGGGAGCCACUUUGGGUAAUAUUACGGAAAAUGCUCCGCUUUCUGUUAAUUCAAAUAUCACAGGAAGUACUUCUAGUAGCGGAACUUCUUUGAACAGAAGCAAAUCCGUAAAUCCUUUCUCUAUGGGUAAUUAUACCACCGGUAUUUCUUCUUCAAGUGCUGCAAAUAACCCAUUUUCGGCUAAUGGUCUUGGUCGUAGCUCAUCGAUGAAGGUCAUGCCAACUGGAUCAAAUAAUCCUUUCAGCUCCAACAAUUUAUCUGCAAUAACAUCUAGCUCCACAAAUAACCCUAUAUCAUCUCAGAUGGGCACCCUCAAAGCCCAGCCAACUGGCCAUAAUCCAUUCUCCGCCCCCGCGCAAACACAGCAACAGGCUUUGAUGCCACAGCCGACUUUUGGAGGGUUAGAAAACUUGCCCACCGUUCCUGUUUUCCCCGAUACUCAAAGGGACCUUUCCAAUCAAAUGGCAUUAAACAACGCUCAAGCUCAGUUAAAUCAAAAUAAGCAGCAAAUGAUAUUUCAACAAACCGGACAAACGCAGGUACCAGGACAACAAUUUAAUGGUUUUAAUCAAGUGCAAACGAUGAAUGGUCAAAAUGGGUUUGCUACAAACCAGUUUGGUCAAAUUUCUCAGCAGCAACCUGCGAUUGGAGGUAUUCAACACUCUUAUAUGAAUCAUAACGUUAGCUUGAUUUAG